AGUUUACAUUUUUGACCGCGGGCAUUCUGAUCACCCUCACAAGGUCAUCCGUAUUUCUACGAUUGAUACUCCAGCCAUAAUACCAAUCUAAGAUUUUCAUAUGGGAUUCAGUAGUAUCGAUGGUUGUUGACCGGACAUCAGAGAUUGACAAGGUAUCUACCAGCGAUGAGUUGGAGAAAGCAGCUCAGAAGAUAAUAAUUGAAGAAACACCACCUGAAGUAAUCUCUAUUACUAUCUCAGAGUCUUUCACAGAUGAAACAGAUGUCUGUACAACUUUAAAUUCCAAGCCAACUAAUGACAGUCGAACAACACAUCAAUCAGUCACAAGAUCUAAAAGUCCAGUUAACAAUAAAAACUCGUUGAGUAGUUCAUCGAAUGCUACAUCCAUAGAGUAUUCGCAAACUUCAAGCCCAGGAGAUUCUGGUCGUCGACGUUUAGUACCAGAUUUCAAUAUAGAUGAUUUACUAUUGAUAUCUGAAUUGGGACGAGGUAAUGGUGGAGUUGUGACAAAAUUACGACAUAAACCAUCUGGUACCUUAUUGAUUAGGAAAACAUUUGAACUAGAUGUGAAGACAACUACAAGGGCACAGAUUGUGAGAGAUUUGCAGGUUCUUUGGGAGUGUAUAUCACCGAACAUAAUUGAAUUUCACGGAGCCAUACAUUCUGAAUGCCUAAUAAGUAUUUACAUGGAGUAUAUGGAUGUUGGUGGAAUGGAUUUACUAUUACGCAUGGUUGGACGCUUUCCUGAACCAAUUAUUAUUCAUAUUGCUGAUUCAGUUGUUUCAGGCCUUCUGUACCUUUGGCAAGAGCUGCAUAUGUUUCAUCGCAAUCUGAAACCUUCAAAUAUACUUAUUAAUCGUGCUGGUAUAAUCAAAUUAUGCGAUUUUGUUGUAAGUUUACAAUUGAGUGAAUAUGUGGCUUCUGGAUUUUUGGGGUUCUCCACCUACCUGGCACCUGAACGUCUAGCUGGUGAAAUAUUCAAUGGAGCUAGUGAUAUCUGGAGUCUAGGUUUAACAUUAAUGGAAUUAGCUAUUGGAAAGUAUCCGAUUCCAUCUAUUGAUCCAGUUGAUUUUGUUCGUGCAUUUGCACCAGAUCAAGAGACUAAUAUGCUUGAACAUGCUCGAGCUGCAAAAACUGGUGAAUUACUACCUGCACUCACAGAUCCGAAAAGUCGAUCUACAAUAGGUAUGUAUGAUUUAUUCGCUUAUAUUGUGGAACAACCAGCACCACGACUACCGGUUUAUUGUUUUUCAUCUCAAUUCAUUCAUUUCAUUCAUGCUUGCCUUCAAAAAGAUGCAAAUGAUCGUUUGUCUAUUGAGAUAAUUCAUCGACAUUUUAUCCCAGAGUUGAUUAAACUUUCAUGUCCACAUUCACAUUCCAGUACACUUCGACCGAUAUUUAUUGACAGUUGUUUAAUUAAUUAUUUACGUGGUGUAUUCGCUCGUCAACAAGCUGAAGCAAUUGAUGCAGUUGCUUUAGCAGUUGGUGAAGAUUUCGAUUCUAUCGAUGGAGACUUUGAAGUAACCACAGUCAGUGUUUGACUUAGCAUAGAUCAAUUAAAAUGUCUAAGGAAUCAUAUAUCUGGAUAAAUUAGCUUGCAUAAUUUUGAGUAUAUAGUACAAAUGGGGAUAGAGAACAGAAAAAUUACUGUGAUUACUGUAAAGAAAAACAGUUUGUAAAGGAAACAGUUUUCCACUUUUGAUCUUUUUCUGUUCUUUCUUUUUUCUUGACUCUUGUGAUUACAAGUUGAAUAUUUGUUAUUUUCGUAGUUAUCUGUUGUACUUUUUUUUCAGUUCAUACUUUUCUCAACAUCUUUGUUUCUUUGUUGAUUUUACCAUUCCAAUGCUUGUUCCGCAUAUUCUCCUCUCUUAUCAUUUGGUUGUAUACCUUUUGAUUGACUAAUCAUAGAAAGUAUUCAGUGAUAUGUUCAUUUUUGUUUGCUUUUUUCAAUGUUAUUGCAUUUAUCACCUAUUCACAUUAUAUUCUAUAUGACUUAUUGUAGCAAUUUGAAGUAUUCAUUACUUCCUUGGGUUUGCAUGUAUGAAUAUAUUUGUAGGAACUGUGAUUCACCUAUUCUAUAAUGAUUGAGAUGGUGAUCUCUUCGUGUUCUACGGUUAACAUUUGAAGAAAAUAAAUAUUGCCUAUGUGUCCAUCUAGGUUUUUACAGAUGUUGAGGUAUCUUGAAAGAGUUAGUUAAACGUGAAAUCGACUUUCUGAUUUAUUUAUCAGUGCUUUUUUAUUUCUUUAAUUAUCGUCAACUUUUCUUCGAUUGUAUAAAAUAGGCUAAUCUAUAUGAUGAUAUUUAGUUACUUCAUUCCUACUAAAACUUACAGUCACUUAUAGUCAUCUCUGUGAGGUCAUAUAAUGAUCUAUGUGUAUUGUUAAUCCAGUGAACGCAAAGCAUUUUUAUCAUGACGAGUUAAAGUGUGUUUUUAUACUUGACUUUCCCUUCUUAUUUUGCUAAUCAUUUCCCUUUUUUAAAAAUAUUCUUCACUUGUACAUUUUUUUCUUCGAAGAGACGUUAUUUGUAGUGUAAAUUUGAUUAUGAUUACUACUAUUCUGGCCUUAUUAUUAUGUUGAUUCCAUAUCCGUGAUAUAUGGUGCUGAAGUUUUACAGAGUGAUAAGCUAGAGCUAGAUGAUAUUUCGGUCUUCUUUGAGUUUUGGUACUUUGUCUUGGAUAUGUCAUCAUUAUGCUUGGUGAUAUCCUCAUCAUUAACUUCAUAUUCGUUAGUAUUAGUGUUUUCAGUUGAACCUAAUACGUACACGGGAUUUUUCAAUAAACUGACCUACUUUUAUUCUAUUUCGAACUUGAAGUAGGUAAUAUUUUAACAAAAGCGUAUCUUUGCAAGUUGGAACUUGAUAUUCGACCACAUUUGCUGCAUACGUGUCCAUUUCCCUUAUCUACUGAAUCAUGCUGUCCACCUUUGUACUUGCUAAUUUAAUAUAGGUAUGAAAUCCACU